GUCAGAAAGCUGCCACGUUCGCUGAGCAACUCGUCCAGCCCAGUUCAGUGCUCAGCACCAUCUACAUCUUCAACGAUGCCCGUCGGUAUCGAGGCUUGGGUCAAUCAGAUACCCCCAGUCACCCGCGCAUGGCUCGUGCUCUCCGUUCUCACCAGUCUCGCCGUCCAAUCUCAAUUGGUGACGCCUUUGCAACUAUACUUUAGCUUCAAGGCUUCGUUCACGAACAUGCAGCUAUGGCGUGUAUUCACCAACUUCUUUUAUUUCGGGACCAUAUCCCUUGACUUCGUGUUCCACAUGUUCUUCUUCAUGCGAUACAGUCGCAUGCUAGAGGAAUCUUCCUUCGCGAACCGGAAGGCGGAUUAUUUCUGGCUCCUCCUCGUGUCCUCCGUGAUGCUCCUCACCCUUUCUCCGUUAUUCAACCUCCCUUUCCUAUCCUCGCCGCUCGCCUACGUUCCUAUCUACAUGUGGUCUCGCCGCCACCCGUCCACACCGAUCUCUCUUUUCGGUCUCGUGACCAUAACCGCCCCUUACCUCCCCUUCGCCCUCGUCGCCUUCUCAUGGAUGCUCAGCGGCACUUGGCGCGCCGCAGCAAGUGAUCUCGUCGGUUGUGCGGUCGGUCAUGUUGGCUGGUUCGUCCGCGAUGUAUGGACGCGCGAGAUGAUCGGUGGUCCCACGAUCCUCAGUGAGGCACCAGAGUCACUGUGA